CUCUCAGAUCCUGAUAUAAAGCUCCUACACUGCCUGGCCUGACAAGCCACCUCAAGUAGACAAGACACUUACCAAUAGAGAUUGCUGAUUUGGUCCUUAAGCAAGAGACUCACUGCUGCUCAGCAUGGCUCAGACCAACACAUGCUUCAUGCUGAUCUCCUGCCUGAUGAUCCUGUCUCUGAGCCAAGGCCAGGAGGCCCAGACAGAGCUGCCUAAAGCCCGAAUCAGCUGCCCAGAAGGCACCAAUGCCUAUGGAUCCUACUGCUACUACUUUAAUGAAGACCUUGAGACCUGGGUCGAUGCAGAUCUCUACUGCCAGAACAUGCAUUCAGGCAACCUGGUGUCUGUGCUCACCCAGGCGGAAGGUGCCUUCGUGGCCUCACUGAUUAAGGAGAGUAGCACUGAUGACAACAGUGUCUGGAUUGGCCUUCAUGACCCCAAAAAGAACCGCCGCUGGCACUGGAGCAGUGGGUCCCUGGUCUCUUACAAAUCCUGGGAAACUGGAGCCCCAAGCAGCGCUAAUGCUGGCUACUGUGCAAGCCUGACUUCACGUUCAGGAUUCAAGAAAUGGAAGGAUGAAUCUUGUGAGAAGAAGUUCUCCUUUGUUUGCAAAUUCAAAAACUAGAGACAUCUAAAAAAUGGACGUCUAGAACUGGUGGUCCUGCAAUUACUAUGGUGUCAAAAAUAAACAAGACUCUUUCUCCAACUCUGUUCAGGCUAUCUCCUCCUCAAUGAGUUUGCAUCUCUGAUCUUCAGUGCCUUCACCUGUCCCAGUCUCUAGAGCCCUGAACAAUAAAAGCAAACAUAUUUUU